AUGCUUCAUGUUACUGAUUUUACAACGAUUUAUUUACUGACUUUGAUCGCCUUAACAAUGUGUACAUCACGUCAACGAAAUAUUUUUGAAAGAAGUCACAUUGUGCAAACGAAUAUUCAAAAGGGUGUGAAAACACUGAAUGAUGAUGAUCUUAAUGCAGAGCAUUUAACUGAAGCGCCCUAUUUGCAUUUUACUAAAACACCAAAAGAAGUUGAAAUAUCUGAAGGAAAUGAACUUGUGUUGAAAUGUGAAGCGAUUGGCAUUCCACCACCAGUCAUCGAAUGGGCACGUAACGAUAAUUUGAUUCAUGCCAUGGAGGAAAGUAAUGGUGCCGAAAAACUGCAUAAUGCUGGUCUUAGUACCACACAGUAUGGUGUAACUGUAUCCAAGAUGGUCGUUCCGUGUAUCAAAACCAAAAAUGCAGCUAAAUACAAAUGUUUAGCGAGUAAUGGUUAUCAGAAACUGGAAAGUGGAACUAUUGUUGUUGAAGGGAAUGUGAAAUGCUCGCAAAAACAUUCACCACCAAUAAUAAACAUGUGGACAGACAGCCGCUUCGAAAGAUCUGGUGCAACAGUGCAGCUAUUUUGUCGAGUUUAUGAAACUCCGCGACCAAAUAUCACUUGGUACAAUGAGGAAAAUUCUAAACUUAACGAUGUGAAGAAAUACAAAAUAUUGUCAAAUGGCGAUUUGAUUAUCUAUGAUACGCAAUGGGAAGAUUUGGGAGUAUACGUCUGCAUUGCUAGCAAUAAAUACGGCCAAGAUCGUAUUACAGCAUUCUUUUAUCCUACGGAACCGUAA